AUGUAUCGCUCAAUUGAUUGCACCUACACACAAUGCGGUCCAGACCAAUCACGGUUCUCUUAUAGCGUUUCGGCCUCCGUCUUCCAGCCUUCGCCUGAAGAUCUCAGACUCGAGAAAGCGAUUGAAGACUUCGCGACAUUGACUCUUGGUGCAAGACCACCAAUCAGCGGCAGAGCCUCGACCUUCGGUGGUCCGUAUAGUUCUAGCGAGCAAAGACGCCACCACUACUCCUCAAGCGCUCAAGAUCGAAUUCAAGAAGCGCCUUACCCUGGCUGCUACACUGGAAGUGCAAACAGAAAUCUCGUCCCGAGACCCCAAGACCAGAAAGGGAUCGGCUACUCGCGUAGUAACACCGCACCCUCGGCCGUGCGCAGCAGUACCUCGCAUAGGAGCGGACACGGACAAUCACGAAUGAACAAGGGCGGCUACGCUGAGUAUCGACAGCCAGGCGCUCUCGUGCGGCACUCCAAGCCGAGGGAGCAAGUGUGGGAUGAUGCUAUGUCGCUUGGGCCGGAGGAUUCGGUGUCGCAGGUCUCGUCGCGGGUGCCGAGGGGUGAGCGUAGAGGGCGGACGAGACGGCGUGAGGAUGAGAGGUCGACUUUCUCGAAGGGCACGGCGGUGCCGGCGGAGGGGUUUGGGGGAGGGGGGUAUGCUGAGGGCUUGUAUGGUGUUGAGGAGCAGGAGGGGGAGGUUGAGUAUUACCCGAGGGAUAUUACGCCGUGGCAAUGA